AUGCAGACCCGGCGGUCCAAAAAGGCCGUCGAGCCUCCGCCAUCCUCGUCUCCUCCACAGCCCAUCAGGAGAAACCCACCUCGAGCGACUAAGCGGCGUGGAAACGAGGCCGUCGCCAGGGAAUCUAGUUCCUCCCCUAGCCCUCCUCCGAGCUCUUCGCCUACAAGACCGACGACUUCUCUCAUCCUUCCUCCUCCUCCUGCUGCUCCCUCUUCUUCUCUCCCAUCUCGGCCACCUCCGCCAGCAACCCCAUCACAUUCGUCCCCUGUGCUACCAAGCAUAGAACCUCCAAAAGGUCUAACAUCUGUGCCACGCAAAGGUUCCAUUGUGUUUGAUCCAAAGCCGCGUCGUGGCGCUCCUCGUCAUCUCAGCGUCAGCAGUAUAGCGACAAACCCUAGGAGGGACAACACUGACGACGAGUACGACGAGGACGAAGAAAGCAUUGCCCCAGAACCCAAAUCCACAGCUCAGCUGCUGGAAGAAGAAGUGGUCCAGCAUGAUGUUGAAGAGGCUGAGCAUGAGAUGAAGCUCGAGGCUGUGCCUUCUUUAGCUCGGGAUGCCAAAAACCUCAUCGGCCAGUUGCAGAACAAGUCACGGCCGUCUUACGAAAAGGUGCUCCUCAUGAAACUGCAGUCAUUCAAGGCGUCUCGCAGCAUUUUCCAGGCUUCUCACCAGGCAUCCCCUUUUCUCGACUGGGAUUGGGUAGGCAAGGCGGGAGAGGACAUCCCGGAUACGGAGAAUGCAGCCAUUCCGCUCUCUAUCAAGCUGGCAAACAUUGCCACCGCUCUCAUGCAAAUAGAAAGCAUCGAGUCUGAAGGAGACAAUCCUGUGCCUUUUCUCGAGGCCGUAGACACCCUCUUUCCUCUGCAUUUCGCCGCUGAAGAAACGCAGUACAGGUCAAUGUCUCUAGAAAUCCGCACCCAGAGAGCCAUCGAGAGCAUAGCAAGGUCACCUCAGGCUACAGACCUGCGCGGCAUGCUGGGCCACGCGUUUUGUAAUAUGAACGCCCCAGACGCCCCGGGCGACUAUGGCAGUCUUUUCAGCAAAGGCCCUUAUAAGCCUCUAGCGGACCUCGAUCAGCAAUCGCUGGUAGAUGUUUGUUCGCAAAGAGUCUCCAACAUGUGGAAGAUAAUGUCUGAUGGCGGCAAGAGAGGGAUUAGGACUCCCGUGGAUCUGCCCAGCAUCCGAGCUCAGUACUCCCUCAAAGAGACGCUUAAAGACCUCAAAGAAUGGCUCAUGGACAGAUAUUCAACAGUUUCACAUUUGUUGAACAGGGCAGAGCAAGAGAAAGUCGCCAUGGAGAAAGAGAGGCUACGUGAGCAAUGGCGCGCCGAAGAGCAGCGGCUAUUCCGAGAGCAGCGAAAAGCUCGAGAGGAAGCGCAGCAAGCUCUUGAGGAAGAACAUAGAGCUCGAGAGCAGCAGCAACGAGCCAAGGAAGAAGAACUCAGAUCUCGAGAAAAAGCACAGCAAGCUAGAGAGAGGGAGCAAAAGGCUCGAGAAGAAGCCCGACAAGCUCAGGAGCGAGAGAAACGUGCUCGAGAAGCAGCAAAACAAGCCCGCGAGAGAGAGAAACGCGCCCAAGAACAAGAAAGAGCUCGCAAGGAGAAGGGGCGGCAAACUCGACAAGACAGGACUCGAAAGGCGGACAAGAGAGGGGCCCGCGAAGAAACAUACCUAGAUCUUCCACCCCUCAGCGACGAGAACAGUUAUCCCGAUCACGAUUCUCUUGGCGGAUCUUCCCAAGAUCUGAACAUCUCCCAGCCAGAGCCGCCGCCACAACGGUUCAAAAGCCGAGAUAGAGACAGCUCUUUAUUUAUGGGCAGACAGCUACUUGGUCUACUCGGUGGUGUAUCUCUUACCCAACUACCUUCCUCGGGGCCCUCGCGCAAGCGAUCAUAUCAGCAGAGUGAAGAUCUUAGUGAGGUCGACGACUCUGGUGACAGCCAAGAAGAGGAGGAAGAAACAUACGAAGAGGAGGAAGAAGAAGAAGAGGAAGAGGACGACUUUGAAGUGGACUCUCGGCCUAAUAGAGGGGGCAAGGCAACUUUCUCAUCCAGCGCUGUACAUCAGCAUCGAAAGUUGCCGACGGAACGCGACGAUGGCAGAUAUAACGUUACCCAAGAGGAGCAGAGGCCUGUUAAAAGGAGCAAGACAGCUCCCUCAUCCGCCCCCGUUCACAAGAGCCAAGAACAGCAAGUGGAAUAUCGUCGACCUACUGCUAGUACCUCCACCGCGCGGUCGCCUCCAUCCGUUCCUCCGUCAGCCUCCCCAGACUUUGCCGCUAUCCAACGGGUCAAGGAUCAGGCUCGCAUGAAUGCGCGAUUGAGCCAGCCCAAGUCUCUUAAAAAACGAUUGGGCUGGAGCGAUCGCGACUCUGCCACGUUGGUCGACCUCGUUGCCCGCCGUGCUGCCAGCUGGGCCAUCAUUGAAAGGGAAGACAGCCAGCUUUUCGAGCUUCCGCGGAACCAACAGGCCUACCGUGACAGAGCUCGCAACAUGAAGGUCGAUUUCCUCAUCUCCGACGCGAUUCUGCCACGGGGGUUCGACCAGGUCACGCUGAGCAAGAAGGAAAUUGACCGGCUGCAGAAGUUGGGCAAGAAUCAUGCCAGGCGGGAGCGUGAUGUAGACAGGAACGGCAGGCCUACGAAUACAAAGGCCGAUAGUAGUAUGUCCUGGUUGGAGGAUUAA